GAGGAAGUCGUACUGCGCAGACUCGAAUCAAAGUCACGCUUCCUGGUUAAGGUUGUUUUCUUCCAGCUGUCUGUCGCUGGUUAAUCUCUCAGCUGUAGAUAACAGAGGAAUUCACAGGGCGUUAUUUGUACGGUAUUGUUUUAAUUCAUGUAAACAGCGUGGCUAUUAUAAUCAACACCAAGCGGACCGUUGUUACUGUAGAGAUAUAUCUCUGGAUAUAAAGUGUUUGUUUUGUCUUUUAAACUCCUGAAGUGACUGAAGUGAUGCAACAUGGCAGCAACUCCUCUCAACAGGUGUUUUCUGUCCGCACUAAGGAGACAAGCUCGGUGUCAGAGCCGUGGACUCGACUCUUUAACAGAGAGGACAGUGUCCAGGGUGUCCUCUGUUGUAAGAGGAGCAGAGGAGGACACCAGUCUGGACAGGACACCCUCUGUUGGGUGGGACAGAAACAGUGGUCGUGAUAAUAACAGCAGAUCUUCUCUGCUGAAGUCUGUCUCUGUGGGUCUGGGUCUCUGUGGUGGUGUGGCUCUUCUGGACAGUCGAAAAGAAGAAGACAAAGUGAAGGACGGAAGUGUCUCUCGGUUUCUUGAACUCCUGCUGCCAUCAGCUCAGUGUGCUUCUCCCUAUAAGCCUGACAGCCCUCGGUAUAAAUACAACUUCAUUGCAGAUGUGGUGGAAAAGUCCACUCCAGCUGUGGUGUACAUUGAAAUCCUGGGCAGGCACCCGUUUUCAGGGAGAGAAAUCCCAGUGUCAAAUGGAUCUGGUUUCAUCAUCAGCAGUGAUGGUCUCAUUGUCACCAAUGCUCACGUUGUGGCCAACAAGAGAGGCGUCCGUGUGAAGCUCACCAACGGGGACAUGUACAAUGCCACUGUGCAAGAUGUUGAUCCAGCGGCAGACAUUGCCACCAUCAAAAUCACUUCAAGGAACCCUUUACCCACGCUCACCCUCGGUAAGUCGUCUGAUGUUCGACAAGGAGAGUUUGUGGUUGCCAUGGGAAGCCCGUUCUCUUUACGGAAUACAAUCACGUCCGGAAUCGUCAGCUCCGUACAGAGAGGCAGCAAGGAGCUGGGCCUGUCCAACUCCAACAUGGACUACAUCCAGACUGAUGCAGCCAUUGAUUUUGGAAAUUCUGGAGGUCCCCUGAUAAACCUGGAUGGUGAAGUCAUCGGUAUCAACACCAUGAAGGUCACUUCAGGGAUCUCUUUUGCUAUUCCUUCUGAUCGCGUCAGACUUUUUCUUGAUCAAGCAGGGAAAAAAAAGAGUUCUUGGUUUGGUGACUCAGAGACGAAGCGGCGGUACAUAGGUGUGAUGAUGCUGACACUGACGCCGAGCAUCAUUGCAGAGUUGAAGUUGAGAGACCCGUCCUUCCCAGACGUGACACAUGGCAUCAUGAUCCACAGAGUCAUCAUGGGCUCCCCGGCCAACAGAGCUGGCAUGCUACCCGGAGACGUCGUGGUGGAGAUCAACGGAGUGAAGGUGAACACCUCAGAGGAGAUCUACCAGGCCGUCCGCAGCAGCGACAACAUCACCAUGGUGGUGCAGAGAGGACACGAGCUAAUCCGACUGCAAAUGACUCCAGAGUGCACAGAGUAACACUAUUUAGUUUCUUAACUUCACGUUAACCUGAAGGACAGACGGUUACAUGAUUAGUUCAUGUUUUGAUGUCAGGUGACUUUUGUUUAAUAUUUUGUUGAUACUGGAAAGGAAAUUACAGCGUCAGUGAGUAUUAUCUAGUUUUGAACUUCUCUCGUAGUCUUUCUCUACAUGGCUGAUGACUGUUAACUACACAAUGAUUUCAAUGUGAUUUCUCAAAUUCAAACUGUUUGAAUCAUCAUGAACCUGCCAGGAAGUAAAGACUUAAAUGGAUCAAUAGUCCAGUAUUUAUCCUCGGGUUUCUCUGCGUACAAUAAACAUGAGUUUUCUACCUCUACAAAA